AUGUUUUACCAACCCACUUUUCUAGCCCUGGUGGCUCUCGCUGGUUUCGCCAAUGCCCAAGUAUCCGACGACUUUGAAAGUGGCUGGGAUGAGACCAAGUGGCCGAUAUAUGCACCAGACUGCAACCAAGGUGGCAGUGUCACUCUUGACAACACUGUUGCCCACAGCGGCAGCUCGUCUAUGAAGGUCGUUGGUGGCUCAGGAGGUUUCUGCGGACAUAUCUUUUUCGGAACCACCUCCGUUCCAACUGGUGGUGAUAUUUACGUUAGGGCAUGGGUGAAGGCUUCUACUGCCUUGACCGCUAGCCACGUGUCUUUCAUCACCAUGACCGACUCUGGUCUGGGAGCCAACAAGCAUCUUCGUAUCGGUGGCCAGAGUGAAAUCCUCAUGUUUAACCGGGAGACAGAUGAUGCCACUCUUCCAGCUUUAUCCCCACAGGGCAUCGCAGCCUCCAAGGCUCUUCCCACCGGUGAUUUCCAGUGUCUCGAAUACCAUCUAGGAACAGAUGGUACCAUUGAGACAUGGCUCAACAGUGAAAGUAUCCCUGGACUUCAAGCAGGGCCAAAUGCCAACAACUCUAAUGCCGAUCAGUGGGAGAGCGCCGGUUACAAGCCAGCCAUUACUGGUAUCUACUUUGGUUGGGAGUCUUAUAGUGGCGACAUCAACACGUUUUGGUAUGAUGACAUUUCGAUUGGCUCCAGUCGCGUAGGAUGCGGUGCUACUGAUAACAGUGGCCAGACCACUACAUCUGUUAGCGAGGCUCCCAAGACGACACUCGCGACAAGCACCAAGGCUGCUAGCACCCCUGCUGGAGUGACCACCACGUCCAAGGCCUCAGAGACUAUUCCUACCACAUCUGUAGAGACUUCCGAGCCAUCUAGUGUGUCUCAGUCUGCUGUGUUGAGUUCUACUGCUACACCGAGCUCUACCAUCCCUGACUCUACCACAUCUACUUCUACUUCAGCUUCUUCCACUCCCACCAGAAAAUGCUCCAAGAACAAGAAGCGAAGAAACCACUACAAAUAG